AUGAAUUUAAUCAAUUAAUGUUAAUAAUCUAAUAUUUCAUGCAUAUGUUAUUCAAUUUUAGUUGGAUAUGCUACUAUAAUUACACUAAUAGCCUUUAAAGCUAUAAACAGAAUGAUUUAGUCUUCAACUAGUAUUCAAGAAUUAACUCCGAUGAUAUUAUGCAUUGUGUAAUCUCUCUUACAUAUUAUUCAAUAUGCUGUGACUGAAAAUAAUACCAUACAAAUAAUUACACUCUAUUUUUAAAUCCUUAUUUUCACAUCGAUUUCCUUUUUAUUUGCAAAAUUGUGCUUUUAAGUGAAGACUGGGACACUUAUUUUGAGAAGCUUUAAAUUGUUUAAAAUUCUACAAUUUAUUUUUUAUGGAAUAAUUUUGGUAUUUUAAGUAUUUGCCUUAAUAUUGUCAAACAAGGACUCAUGUGAUAAAUAUUAUUAUCUUAGUAUAAUUCUAAUUAUUGUUUAACAGAUAUCCUCUACAAUCAUUACAGCAUAUUUUGGAAUUAAUUUACUCAAAAAACUCCAAAGAGUAAGCUAAUACAUACAAUUUAAAACCAUGAAUCCGAAAGCUGUUUAUGAUUCAUAUGUAAAAAUGUCCUUGUGUAAUCCAAGCGCUACAAUCAUUGAACCAAGAGAAUUGAUUUAGACAAACAAGUAAAUUAAAAUUGUCCUAUGGCUAAUGUUAACAACCAUUAUAUUAUAUAUAUCCUUCAUUUUAAUCGCUAUACUAGUAUUCAAAAAAGUGACUUGUGAGCAUUCAAUUGAUAAGAAUAAUUACAACAUCUUAGUCGUAGUCUAUGGAAUCAUUUAAAUGACUCCAUGUCUAGUGAUUCCUUAUGCAUUUGGAUUUAUUCCACAAGUAUCGGCUCAAGGUUAAGAUUACGAUGAUUCCAUCAUAAUUUUAGACAACUCAUAGGCAAAAUCAAAAGAUUCUAUUCAAAUUUGA